AUGCCCCAAUGUCACAAGGGGGUGACACUACUGGAGUGGCACCUGAACCCCGCUGUGCGCCUGGGGAGCUGGUACCUCCAGCACUGCCUGGCACCCGCUGGCUAUGACACCGAUAAGAAGCAGGGUCUGCCACCACCGCCACCGGACCCAGCCUACGUACCUGGCCAUGAGGAGUACAGCGACCCCGAGAGCCCUCAGUCCAGCUUUUCCGCCCGCUACUGCAACGGGGAGGCGGCAGCGACGGACAGCUACUCCAUGGACGCCUUCUUCAUCACAGACGGGCGGUCGCGCCGGCGCAGUGAGAGCCAGCGCCGCGGCAGCCACCGUCACUCCUGCCCCGAGUGUGGCAAGACCUAUGCCACCUCCUCCAACCUCAGCCGGCACAAGCAGACCCACCGCAGCCUGGACAGCAAGAUGGCAAGGAAAUGCCCCACCUGCGGCAAGGCUUACGUCUCCAUGCCCGCCCUGGCCAUGCACGUCCUCACCCACAACCUCAAGCACAAGUGCGACGUGUGCGGCAAAGCCUUCAGCCGACCCUGGCUGCUGCAGGGCCACAUGCGGUCGCACACCGGGGAGAAGCCCUUUGGCUGCUCCCACUGCGGGAAAGCUUUCGCUGACCGCUCCAACCUGCGCGCCCACAUGCAGACCCACUCCGCCUUCAAGCACUACAAGUGCAAGCAGUGCGAGAAGACCUUCGCUCUCAAGUCGUACCUCAACAAGCACUAUGAGUCCGCCUGCUUCAAGGGCUCCGAACACAGCUGUGCAAUAGGGAACUAG